ACCCUUUCCAGAACAUAUACAAACUGUGCUCAAACUUGAAGGUUGUGGGGCGAACUUCAUCGACACCAAACUGCCAUAUUCUCGUCGAGCAAAAAAACCGGCGAAUACCAAGUUUCGUAGCGAUGUCCUUUGUCGAUCAAUUCAUGGCUUCAUAUGGGAGAGCUUGGUCCCAUAUCUCGGGGGCCGAUGACCAGAACUCGAUGCGCAGAAUUCCCGAGAGCGAUAUCUUCCCCGCUACCAUUAUCCGCCUUGGUACAACGGCCGAAGGCCCUGGCGUGGAAAAGUGCAGAGGCUCCAUCCAUCCGAGCACAGACAACAUAUCUGAUGCGGCUGUUUAUCUUUUGACGUUUGCAGAGUAUAGCUUGGAGCGAACAAAAGAUGAAUGCGUGAAGUUGUAUGGAGACGGAGAUGAAGAGAAGGAGAACAGUAUCCGCAAUGGCUGGUCCGUACAAAUGAUUGGCAUGCGCAUGUGGGAUGUUGUCGACGGGCUGCGGGGAGUUGAUAGGUCCGGUUCGUAUGGUCCUCGGAUACGCGACGUUAUCAAAAUCAUAAGGGAGGAGGGCGGGGCUGAAGUAGAAGCCUCUAGAAUUGAGGAGCGAAUUUUCGGCGUGCUCAACGAAGCGUGAGAGGAAGAGAGCUAGAUUACCACUUGCUCCAUCGACGGACUUGCUGAGAGAAAGAGGGAAUGCGGAACGCUGCUAGAUACCGGGUUGAUUAUUUAUUUCAAGGAUUUUUUUUUAAGUCCAACUUCAGUGUAUAUCAGUCUAUCCUUAAAUAUAUCAAGUAUACCUGACCAAUGUCAUGGAUUUUUUCC